UGGGAGGCCGGCCUUGACCGAGUAAGACCGUCAUGCUUCUCUUCCUCACAGUUCUUUUGUACACAGAGUUAGGAGAAAGCACGCCACCUUGACACCGACUCACACGCCGCGGACUCCUCGUGUUUGAGCCUCGCCGGUACAGAGAGCGGGAGCGGCGGCAGAGGCAGAGAGAGAGCCCGGGCAGAGCGGACAGCUUCGUGUCUCCUCUGGGAGAAAACUCAAGUAAACAGCGGAAAGAAAGCAGGGCAGCGGCGAUGUCAGCUUUAAAGAAACGGAACUCGAACUCGUCGGCCGACAGGGAAGAGGACCGGCAGGUCACGGAGAGGAUGCUGUCCCCGGGCAGCGGCGGGGAGAACGGCGACCCCAGCCAGGCGGUCAGCGGAGCGGAGGCGGACGGGGUGGUCCUGAAGAGGACCAUCACCCUGGUGAACGGCGUGGCCAUCAUCGUGGGCACCAUAAUCGGCUCGGGCAUCUUUGUGACACCGACUGGCGUGGUGAGGGAGGCCGGCUCCGUGGGUCUUUCCCUGGUGGUGUGGGCUGUGUGCGGCGUCUUCUCCACGGUGGGAGCCCUGUGCUACGCCGAGCUGGGCACCACCAUCACCAAGUCCGGGGGGGACUAUGCCUACAUCCUGGAGGUGUACGGCUCCCUGACGGCUUUCCUCAAACUGUGGAUCGAGCUGCUCAUCAUCCGGCCGUCCUCGCAGUACAUUGUCGCCUAUGUGUUCGCCACCUACCUCCUCAAGCCCAUUUUCCCCGACUGCCCGGUGCCGGAGACCGGAGCCAAGCUGGUGGCCUGCCUCUGCAUCCUCUUGCUGACCUUUGUGAACUGCUACAGCGUCAAGGCGGCGACCCGCGUGCAGGACUUCUUCGCUGCGGCCAAGCUCCUGGCACUCGGCCUCAUCAUCAUCAUUGGCUUCGUCGAGAUCGGCAAAGGUGACACGGUGCGUCUUCAGCCAGAGAAUUCCUUCAAAGGGACCAACUCUGACUUUGGGAAAAUCGGUCUGGCGCUCUACAGCGGUCUGUUCGCCUACGGUGGCUGGAACUACUUGAACUUUGUUACUGAGGAGAUGAUUGAGCCUUACAAGAAUCUGCCGCGCGCCAUCAUCAUCUCUCUUCCCAUCGUGACAGUCGUGUAUGUUCUGACCAACCUGGCCUACUUCACCACCCUCUCCCCUGACGACAUGCUCAACUCAGAGGCUGUGGCCGUGGACUUUGGGAACUACCACCUGGGUCCCAUGGCAUGGAUCAUCCCAGUGUUUGUAGGUCUGUCUUGCUUUGGAUCAGUGAACGGCUCUCUGUUUACCUCCUCCAGGCUGUUCUUCGUGGGCUCCAGGGAGGGUCACCUGCCCAGUCUGCUGUCCAUGAUCCAUCCCAGCCUCCUGACCCCCCUCCCCUCACUCAUAUUCACCUGCGUGAUGACGCUGCUGUACGCCUUCUCCAACGACAUCUUCUCCGUCAUCAACUUCUUCAGCUUCUUCAACUGGCUCUGCAUCGCUUUGGCAAUCAUCGGCAUGAUGUGGCUGCGCUUUAAGAAGCCCGAGCUUGAACGGCCAAUCAAGGUGAACAUCCUGCUGCCCGUGACCUUUGUGAUGGCGUGCCUCUUCCUCAUCGUCGUCUCCAUCUGGAAGACUCCGAAGGAAUGUGCCAUCGGCUUCGGCAUCAUCGCCACCGGAGUGCCCGUCUACUUCUUUGGCGUGUGGUGGCAGAACAAGCCCAAGUGGCUGCUGCAGGCCAUCUUUUCCACCACGGCGUUGUGUCAGAAGUUGAUGGAGGUGGUGCCGCAGGAGUCGUAAAAAGGCCACGCCCCUACAACAGCCAGUGGCCAAUCAGACAGCGCCCACAGUGACCUCUGAGCUCUGACAUCACUGCUGACCCAGCCUGACCUCUGCUCUACACACACACACACACAUGCACACACACACACACACACACACACACACACACACACACACACACACACACACAAACAAUGGCCUCUAAGAGAAAUACUGAGGCGUUUAGAGCAAUCACAUCUUUACCUUGUCUUUUGUCUGACAUUUUUGGGUUUAUGAUUAUUUUCAGUCUCUAACCCAAACAAAAAGAUGAGAAGUCCUUUUUCAUUGUUGUAUUUUAUUGAUGUUUUUUCCAUGUUGGAUUGCGACAAGUAGUUUUUUUUUUCAUUUGUAUGUUUCUCUGGUUUUCUCUUUCUUUCUUAUCCUUUCCAUGUUUUUGGGGUGAAAUUAGUCAAAUUCCCUCCCUCAUCACCCGCCUGUGCUUAGCGAGUUGUGCCUUAUGCGGCAAAUGAAAGUGUAAGUGACGAGGCGGAGGUCGCGCCCCGCCGGCCUCGCCAGCUCGCUCCUCCAAGAAUCCACUUUAGACCAGAAAAGACAAAAGGACAGAAACCCUGUGCUGCGGGUGGGAGAGAUUAGCAUUCUCAAAUAUUCAGGAAGUCCUGCGUCGGAAACAUUCAGGCCUGCAGUCCGUUACAAUCACCUGACACUUUUUACUUGAGUCCAAAUCAGACUUUUUCCAGAUUUUCGUCUUUGCGAGGAGGUGGCAGAACGUCUGUCAGACUGUGUGUUGUUAGCCAUACUGCCAGUUACUGCUGUUGUGUUUCAGACGAGUGCAGUCUCUGUGUUGUUUUGUUUUUUAAAGUCUGUGCUGCUGUAGUGAAGUGGGCCUGUCAGGAGAUUUGAAGAUUCAGUGCAGUCGAGAUUGAUUUUUUUUUUUUUUUUUUACUUGUUUUUUCAGUCUUACCUGGUCAGUGUGACACAAACAGAGACCAGACAGCAGGCAAAUGUAUCCCAUCACACACACACACACACACACACACACACACACACAGCCUCUCUGCCAAGUCUUACCUCAGCACACCAGUGGAGUCACACAUUGCAUGAACGUGGAGGGAUGCUCGAGUCCCAGUCAGGAAAUGUAUCUGCUCCCUUCUCAGGAAGGAGAAGUGAAAAAUGCGUAUCCGUAACCGCGUCCUUUGGAGAGAGGAAGAUGAGCCAGAGAAGUUCUUGAAAUUUUUGAAAUGUCUGUUUUUUUUCUUUUUUUUUUUUUUUUUUAACAAAGCAGUCUUAUCAGUCGAAAUCAGAGUGAGUGUGACUCACCGACCUUGGAUCAUUUCCUCUUCUGUCCCUUUGUUUUCCUUCUAUAAAUAAUACCACCAGACAGAGUUUCACUUGAAAAGUUUCAGUCCCUCUGCCAGUGUGCGAUGUCGCCUGUACGGCUUUAAAUCCCCUUCACUGAAGACUGCACUUAAAAAAAAAAAAAAAAAAGUAGAGUUCAUAUGCUCACUCAUCAAAUUCAAUGGCUUGACAAUACAGCUCAGUGCUUGGACCUGUCAAAAGAAGUCUUCAUUACUGCUAAAUGACCGGCACACUUUACUAGUUUGAGUUGAAAAAGUGUGUGUGUGUGUGUGUGUGUGUGUGUGUGUGUGUGUGUGUGUGUGUGUGUGUGUGGGAGUGGUGGUGGUGUGGGGGUUCUGCUUCAGCUCUGCCCCUGCACUCACUGCAUGUUGGUGUUUGAGCUUCCUCAUGUGGCGCGUCAUGAAAUGGGGGCCCAUGAAAUGUGCUGUGUGCGUCCUGAGGCGGAGCGGCCCCGGCUCUCGGAGCUCGGCGCUCGGCGCCGUGCAGAGGCCCGUGGGGGUCCGCCGCCUCUCUGUGGUCGACGGGACUCCCCGCAGCGACACUACCGCCGCGUUUUCAUGCUGUUCGUUAGAGUUGGGAUCCGUUUGGGCGAUCGUUCUCACCUACUUACCCCCCGACUUGGGAGUUAUUUUUGUAUUUUGUAUAUUAGACUGUGGAGUCCUGCUGGGUAGAUUGUAGCCCACAGACUGACAGCGCGACACACACACUGUCAGAUCAGAGUGACAGAGUUGCUUAGAGAAACCUGAUGAUAUAUAUAUGUGCGUGCGUGUGUGUGUGUAUGUAUGGGGGGCGGGUUAGUUACAGUUGUAUACAUUUUUUAACAUUUCUUUCUUGCUGUUGUGGAUAUUUCUGGUUAUUACAUGCUUGUGUGUGUGUGUGUGUGUGUGUGUGUGUGUCUGUGGCAAGGGUGGGAGGGGUCUAUACGAGGUUGUCAUUGCAUCACUCGCUUCUCAUGUAAGCGUCCUCGACACAGAUAGAUGAAGCUUAAGCGUCCGUUCCUAGAGUAAGAGUCAUUACGUUUACAUGCACAGGAAAAGAAAAAAAAAGAAGAAAAAAAAACAAAAGAAAAAGAAAAAGGUGAGCGCCUCACGACUCGGACAGUAGCGCGGUGAAGGCAGCGCCCAUGUAAAUACACACUGGCAUGAAGUUAGCGUGGUCACAGGCGGAGUGUUAGUGCUGUUAUUUCCCUACUGCUGACAGAGAGCAGGCGUUUCAGAGAGGAGAUGGGUGUGUGUGUGUGUGUGUGUGUGUGUGUGUGUGUGUGUGUGUGUGUGUGUGUGUGUGUGUGUGUGUGUGUGUUUGUGGGGAGACGUGUGUGUGGGGGGGUAUUUUUAGUUAUUUGUUGUUGUUGUUAUUUAGUUAUUUGUCCUCUGAUUCUCUGUGUCUACUUUGUUUCCACACUGACAGUCUUUGUUAUUAACGUCGACCCUCCGGCAGUGGAUCAUAAUGACUUGUUGCCAUGGCAGCAGCCAGCCAUGCGUCGUUUCUAUAGAAACAACGGUGAGCGAUGAGACGCGGUGCGGUUGCCAUUAGAGACAGUUCUGAGGAGAGGAGGUGGUGUGUGUGUGUGUGUGUGUGUGUGUGUGUGUGUGUGUGUGUGUGUGUGUGUGUGUGUUUUGGUGGGGGGGUGGGGGGUGUUCAUGUUUAUGUUUUUAGACGUAGAACCAUUCUAACACUCCAGCCGUCACUGAAGCCGAUGGGGAGACUAAUCUCAGUAGGACUGUAGAAAGUUUAUUUAUUUAUUUUUAGGAAAACUCUGUUGUUUAUUAUUAUUAGUCCCUCUAAUUUUUUUUGUUAUGGGGCAUUUUUGUGAAAAAGUGCUUUUCCAAUAAAUUUCAAGUUUUUUUCCUA